GAAUUAUCCAAAUCGCAAAAGUUUACCAAACCAAUAUUUUUGCAGUUUUGAAAGAGCAUUUAUAACAAGAUUUGCAAACGCGAUAGCAGAAGUCGUACAUAGUACCCAGUGUUUGUGACAAAGAGAAAUUGGCACAAAUCUUUGACUGCAUCCUGGAUCCUGUUCAUAGGCCACUAUCGGAAUAUCAACAAGAAUGGAAGAAGAUGUUGAUGCGACUGAGCGUAGCACAGAGACAUUGCUUCAAAAGUGUCGGAAUUUUGCCAAAAGUUAUGAAUUCAACCUUGGUGUCGGUGCAUUUUCGCUGACGGUGGGAGUCAUUAUCACUGCUGUGAUUCUUCAGGAUAGAAGUAAUGUCUCAAGGGGCAGCAUGCACCUCAUUGGUCCAGUCUUCAUAGCUACUGGUAUUGUCAUCAUCGGCAAAUCUUUGCUGUUCAGGUUUUUGAAAAAUUACACCAUAAGAUGGCGGGCACGUAAUCGAUCAGGAGGAAGGCAUGUGGGUCAGCAAGUAUACACUGGUCACACUGGGACAGAAAGUGCUGCUGAUAUUCGUUUUGCGGAUGACCCGCCUCCCUAUGAAGCGGCUAUAGCAACUUCAACAACCAAUAUAGCAAGCUCACAAAUGACGAUAGCUACCACUCUUGACAGUGUCAAUGACGAACCAUUACCUCCACCUAGCUAUGAAGAAGCCACACGGCAUACGCCACUUAUUCCUCCAGAGCCCACGGUAGCCGCAGCAGUGAUAAGAUGACAGCGAGCAGAUGCCACACUUGAGAGUGUUCACGAGGAACCAUUACCACCUCCACCAACCUAUGAAGAAGUCACACAGCAUCCUCCACUUAUUCUCCCAGAGCCCACGGUAGCUCUAGCAGUGAUAAGAUAACGGCGAAUAGAUGGCACACACCAGGAACCAUUGCCUUCUCCUCCCUAGUCAUGAAGAAGCCAUACAGCAUCAAAUAAUUAUGCAUUGCUGUGACAAGUAGCAUGAAUAUUGCGACAAGUAUUACGUACCAGCAGGAAUGUGUUCCAGGUGCUAAAUGUGUGAAAUAAUUGGUAUAAGUAAUAAGUAUGUAUUAGUAUAAGCACUGUAUAAGAUAAUGCUCUCGAUUUGAAUUAAUUUCCUUCCUAGAUAUAUGUACAGGUGUGCAGUGUUAUAUUUUCUUUUUCAACAAAUACUGGGUUUCAAUCAUCAGGGCGUAGCUCAGAAUUGCAUCUAUGUAGUUCAUUAAUUGGGAACGAUAACGGAUAACAGAGGAGAGACAAGGUUAGGACUACUAUCGAAUUUAGAUCUGAACAGCAUCUAUGAAAAGGCAAAGUCCCCCAAGAUGCAAGUGUUUGUGUUAGUCUUCCUGUCUUUGGCUUCCUUGUUAUGUGUAGUUAGCAGUACAUCCAACUUGUGGGACUACUGUAUCAUUGGUGCUGGGCCGUCUGGUCUUCAAAUGGGAUGGCAACUAAAGAAGGCUGGAAGAAACUAUAUUGUCUUUGAAAAGGGCAAUAGUUCAGGGAACUUUUUUACACAAUUUCCACGACACGAUCGACUCAUCAGUAUUAAUAAACGUCACACGGGACAGACAAACAAAGAAUUCAAUCUGCGCCAUGAUUGGAAUAGUAUCCUCAGUGAUGAUGAGUCGCUUCUAUUCAAAGAGUAUUCCAAAGUUUUCCUUCCACCUCGAGAAACAUUCGUCGAUUACCUGAAAGACUAUGAGCACAAGUUAGGUAUAAACGUCCAGCACAAUACCCUGAUAGAGAACGUUAAACGUGUGAUAUGCGAGGCGACUGGUGACCAUGUCUAUACCAUGAAUGACCAGCAUGGGAAUUCGUACACAUGCAAGACAACCAUAAUGGCCACAGGAUUGUGGAAGCCGAACCAGCCAACGUUUCAGGGGGUAGAGCAUACCGUUGGUUAUGAAGAUAUGUCCCUCGACCCCGAUGACUAUGAGGGUAAAACUGUGCUUAUUCUAGGCAGAGGUAAUUCUGCAUUUGAAACUGCUGAACAUAUCUAUGGUGCCACAAAUCUUAUCCACAUGUUGGGUAGGACACGAGUAAGGUUGUCCUGGGCAACUCACUAUGUGGGAGAUUUAAGGGCUGUGAAUAAUGCUUUGUUAGAUACGUACCAACUCAAGUCUUUGGACGGCGUUUUAGAGACGCCCAUCGAGCAGAUGAAGAUCAUAAAGAAAGGGGAUAAGCUCUACGCCUUUCCGUUAGAAGUGGAGACAAACUCGGACAACUAUGACAACUACGCCAUGAGAGAGGCCUAUGAUGUUGUCAUCAGGUGCCUGGGCUUUCAUUUUGAUCACAGUAUUUUCCACAACAUGUCGAUGCCAAAAUUCGGCAAGGGCCGCAAGAAGAAGUAUCCUCUUAUCAACCACAACUAUGAAUCUGCUGAUAUGUCUGGCUUGUUCUUUGCUGGUACUCUCGGCCAUUCCCUUGAUUAUCGUAAAUCUGCUGGCGGUUUCAUUCAUGGAUUUAGAUAUACCAACCGUGCCUUGCAUCGCCACCUUGAGUGGAAGAACCACCAAGUCCAGUGGCCCUCCGUCACCUUGCCAACAACAGAACUCAUGAACACCUUCAUCAAGAGGAUGAACGAGGGGUCGGGCAUCUACCAGAUGUUCCAGAUGCUGGGAGAUGUGGCCUUCAUAAGCGACGAUGGUAAAUCGUUCACAUAUUUAGAAGAAAUACCCAUCAACCUCAUCCACGACAUGCAGAACGCCACGGGGCAUACGGCCAACCGAGCCAUCGUCAUGGUCUUGGAAUACGGUGCCAAUUUCUCCGGGCCUGGGAAGGAUAUUUUCCGUGUUAACCGAGCUGUUGGGGACCCUGCCGAAGCUUAUAAUUCCAAUUUCUUGCAUCCAGUGUUAUACUACUACAGUCCUUUACCGACAGACAUGGAUAUGAAGGGCCGAAACAAGUAUGAAACAUUGCCCAAGCCGCGCCGCAUCCAUCAUAUCGUUGAAGAUUUCCUGACCCACUGGAUGAGUCCAAUCAGUCAUAUCCUGCCCCUCCGUCGUUUUAUCGAAUAUUGCCUGGAGGAAGACAUGAGGGAGUUCUACGCGGAAUCUUGUUUCCGCUACAGUCUCACCAGUCACACCGUGCCUAGGAAAUGCGAGAACUACCUCCAAGGGCAAGGACUCUCCGGCACCCCAGAGCUGAAAAAAUUUGCAAGAGAUAUCGGUUUGUUGUCUCUUGGUCUUCUGAAAGAGUAAAGCGUUGUCAAUCCUGUAUUGUGCUUGAACGAUUUUGUUAAAUGUUUUAAUGAUCACGUUCGUGAUAAUAGUUUGACCGGCUUUUGAUAGAAAUGAGAUGAGCCUGGACUUAUGUUUUUCUGCUGCAGCCUGUCUUUCCUUUUGCCAAGAAUCAAUAAAGACUCUUAGACUUGUCUUUAUUUAUUCCUGUUAUGGCAUUUUAUCAAUCUGAGGAAACGUAUUUGAAAAAUAGUUUAUAUUCCCACUUGACCAUGAUUAUUAAUAUAUUGUGAGUUCCUAAUUAAUUAAAUAGUUUAGUUGUAAAAUUCAGAUGAUAAGAAACGAUGACUGUUCGAUUUAAAAAUUUAUGCAUUUAUAAUAUUUGUAAAAAGAAAGAGAAAAUGCUCAUGCUGAAAAGAAAGAUUUCAGGCAUAUUUUUUCACUCAAAAACUCCUUAGAUCAAUGUUCUUCGAAUUGCAUUUAUUUUCAGAAGUAUUUUAGUUCCAAAUGUAUGUUCUGGUUAAGCCAAGACAGCUGAAUUCAAAAACUCGGUAAUUAUGUAUCAAAUUAAAAAACUCACUGCAAUUUGAUUUUUGAUCUGUCCUGUUGUCGCAGAUGUAAACAAAUUCAAUGGUUCAAAACGGCCGAAAAUGCCUAUUUUUGAAACUUGUUGUGUUUGUAAAUGAAACGAUUACUUAACCUCGUGGGUGGCAGAUCCCUCCUCAAUAUUUGAGGUCACUGUUUGGGAAUUAUGGGUGCUAAAAUGUAAGAAGUAAACAAUUAAUGUGAUAUCUAUUAUAAGUUAGGCAUCCCAGAUUCUGUAUCACAAGGUCAGAUUUGAUUCAGUGUGUCGAUCCUUUACAGUCGAAAUCAUAAGUGGCACCAAAAGGUAACUCAAGUGAAAUGCACUAUAGCCUGUACAAAUACUACAUAAAGAAGGUACAUGAAGGCCAGUUUGUGACAUGUGCCUUUAUUUUGAAGGUGGAGUCAGUGGAAUAAUGUUUUAUGCUGGCUGUCACAAAUAUAUAUUAAUUUUGGGUCAUGAUAGUCAUUGGUUUGAUAGAUAUAGAGAUAACAUUGUAUCCAUAAUGUAUAGGAGGCAUGUACUGUCUCCGAAACCAUAUCACCCAAUCUGACUUUGUGAUAAAAAACAUGGGAUAUAGAAUUUGUUGUCUUGUAAAAUUAUCAACAUUAAUCCCCCAUAUGCAUCUGGAUUUACCUUUAUAGGCCUAUCACAAAAGGGUUAGACGUAUUUGAGACAAAAAAAGGACAGUAGAUUCGGCUUCUUUUGGAUCUUAGUCAGACCAUCUAUGAAUUGUUAAAAAGACUUAAUGACAAGUAAUCAAAUAUGUACGCAGAACCUUUUGCUUAGUGAGCCCCUUUGUCCUUUAGAGGAGACAUCUUGAAUCACUUCACUGUUGUAAAACUGAAAUGUACGGUUACCCCCCCCCCCCCCCCUCAAUGUUGAAUGAUAUUGCCCGUUUUCUAACUGUUUGACCAUUUCAUGGCAGUUCGAAGACGUCUGGCGGCAUAAAUAAAUAAAACGAAUACUGGUAUAACUAUUGUGGCAAUUAUCGUUGUGCGAAGCAGGACGGAUGUCAAUUGUGAUUUGGACUGUAACUCCCUCCCUCACCCAAAGACAUUGGCCUUGAUUAAUGUCAUUGUAUAAAACUAUUGGUGAUGGAAUCAGAAUAUAUAGUUCAUGUUAGAAUAAAAGUAUUUAAACACACUGAGUAAAAAAUGCAAAAAAAGAUAUGUAAAAUAUUUAUACAUGUAGUCUGUUGGUUCAAGGGUAGAGUCAUGUUUUUUUGUUACGCCUCUUGUGUUUAUAGUGAAUUUGUACACAAAUUGUUUAUUAAUUUAAUUGAAUUUUUUCUGUAUCUGAAACCCUAUUGUUGAUAAGACAUUGAUUGGUUGAUGCUGGACGAUUUAUCAUGGUUACAGAAUUUUAUGUGGAGGAGUUGGACAACAGCAGUGGUGAUCUCCAUAUAAACAAACAAUGAAGCGGUCUUCCCUCAAUGAAAACAUUUCACUGCGAGACACGAUAUGUGACAUUCCCAACACAGACCGUAGCACUGUCCAAUGACUCUGUCCACCAAAUUUUGGAGCAAAUCGGGACAACAGUAGAUUAUUUAUGGUAAAAAAUGUCCAAACAAAUUCCAGUGCAUUUUCAGUUGAAUUCAAAACUUUGAAGCAAUUUUUUUCAAAAAUGGCAAAACCCCAUAUAUUGUAUUGCAAAGGAUCUCUUCAAUUGGUGGCGGUCUCCCCAUUACCGAAAGCCCAUUACUUCAAACUUUGAAGUAAUGGGUUUUUGCUGUUACGUAUAGUAAGUAUACUCUUGUUGUUUCCAAGCAUUGUCCUCUAUUACAAGAAGGCGCACAAAAAUUUGGUUUGUUGGCUUGGUAGAGUCACAGCUUCAAGACAGAACAUCUAUAAAUUGUUCAUCUUGUUGAUAUUGCUGUCAUAUGUGGUGGACCUUUUCAUGCACAGCAGUAUAUAUACACCGUGUAGACGCCAUUUAGCAAGUUGAAGGGUGCCUGUACAAAAGGCUUAUAAUACAUGUAAUAGGCCUAUGUGAAACAAACACACCAAAACCUGCUUAAUAGCGCCUACACAGUUACUAUGAUACUGUAAUAGCGCUGUUUUCAUAGUGGUUUGUAGCUUUUCUUUUCUGUGGGGUGAUUGGGUACAGUAGUCAUCUCUUUGAAAUGGGGCUAUGGGUAGCCUGGAAACACUGGGCAACAAUACGUUUUUACUCAACACGGGAAUGGUGUUUUACUAACCAAAUAUUGGUUUGGUUAUCACGUAUUAUAUGGGGAUGGAAAAACACUGCAUUUAAGUAACACAAUUAG